AUGAAACCCUCCGCCGCAUCGAUGAAACCCUCCGCCGCACCGAUGAAAUCCUCCGCCGCAGCGAUGAAACCUAUUGGCCAAUCCGGUGUCUCCGGUGAUUCCUCUUCGAAGAAACGUAACGGCAAGGCCGUUGUCUGCUCCGAUGUCUCCUCUGACAAAAACGAUGGCGUUGUGUUCUUCAAAAAUGUGACGUUUGGACCACAGGAAGACGAGUUAAGGAUUCGUCUGAUCCAUUUUUGGGAGGCCAGAAACGCACUCUCGAAGAUACUUAUUGGUCUAGAGAUGCUUCUGAUCGACGAAGAGGGUACUGUUAUUCAGGGAUUCAUCCCACCAUCGAGGAUUGACACUUAUCUGCGACACAUGAUUCCCGGUUCCACUUACAGACUCAACAACUUUUUUGGUUCUAAGACCAAGAAUGUGUACCGGGUUGCUGAUCCAGACGUUACCAUUGCUUUCUCAUGGAACUCUGUCCUCUCUGUUCUCAAAGACAGUUCGAUUCGGUUUCCUGAAGAUCGAUUCUGUUUCCAUGGUUAUGAACAGUUCGAAGCGGCCUGCGACCUCAGAGGGGAUCUGUAUGAUUAUAUUGGUCAUAUUAGAUUGGUGAAUGAGCAGACUCUUAACGAGAGUCUUGUGCUUGAUGAAGUCGAGAUAGCUUCUAUGCGGCGAAUUUUGGUUCAUGUUCAGACACAUGAUGGUCCUGUGAUGAAGCUCUACAUAUGGGACAAGGCAGCUACAGAUUUCUAUGAGAAGUUUAAAUCGCUUGGAAAACCUCCGAAUGUUAUUCUGGUGACAACUGUGAAUCCUAAGCGUUUUGGAGGUGCUUUAUCUCUGUCAUCCCUAUCAUCCUCACGGGUGUUCUUUGAUAUGGAUGUUCAACCAACCAGGGAGUAUCUGGCGUGGCUUGAAUCAAACUCGGAAGUUGCUAAUAGAGUUAAUGCUGAAAUUGUCACCAAGGCUGAGGCAGCUACUAUAGGGGAGCUACUCUCUUACAUGAAGCAGGAGGAAGCGAAGGUCGCUUGGUUCGAGUGUACAGCCACUAUUGAUGAUGUUGUGCGUGAUUCCGCAUGGUAUUACAUUGCUUGUGGUGGGUGCAAGACUAAAGCAACUAAAGGACCUACCACGCUUAUGUGUAAGAAGUGUGAAAAGACUGAGAUUACUGGUGCUGCAGAGUAUCUCACUAAGCUAUCUGUCUAUGACAACAAUGAUUAUGCGAGCUUUGUGGUUCUCGGUGACGGUGGGCAUGAGUUAACUGGGAAGAAAGCCUCUGAAUUGGUUGAGAGCUACUAUGAGGCUAAUGAGGGCGCAGGAGAUGGGCAUGUAGUCCCGGUGUCUCAAGCCCUGAUUGAUACCAUUGGACAGACACGCACGUUCGUUAUCAAGAUAUUAAACCACAACCUGGAAGGCAAGACGCAAGCUUUAACUGUCACCAAGGUCCUCCCUCUUGAGGUUCCAGCGCUUGGAUGCGAUCUAGACGACAGCGUGGUUGUCCCUCCUACUGCGGUGACUUUGGAAAUUGGUAAUCGUGAGGAAGGUUCUUCAGUUGUGAAUGAGGAACAUGCAGAUGAGGGGGUGAAAAGAGGUUCUGAUAUGAUUGUGUUAGAGGAUGCUAAGCGUGCUAAAUGUGGCUAA